AUGGGCUUUGAAAAUGAUGAAGGUGUGACCCUUUCUCUGGAUCGUCUGGACCCUGGCAGGGAGAAGCCAGGCUCGGGAGGAAGGGUGCCCAGCUCCUUUCUGCCCGGUGACGUGGUGGUGCCCUGUUUAUUUGAGGCUCGGCAUGGCAGCUCCUUCACCAACACUGUUCCUGCAAACUAUGUGGAUGACCUCAGUGCGUCUUUUAAGAUACUUCAGCAAAACUGUUCCAGCAAAGAGACUGUGGAUCUGUCUCAGCUGCUCCUGCUGCGCGGGUGGCUCCGCUGCAUGGAGAACACCGACAGCCUCAGCUUCAGUCUGCACUGGGCCGCCUCCACCGCAGCCACCGCGCUGCAGGCCACGCCCGUCAGAGCCAUCCCCAUCAUUCCCACCGCUCUCGCCCGCAACCUCAGCUCCCCCAGCAGCCUGGCACAGCCCCUACACACACUGAGCCAGAAGAGAGGAUUUCUGACCAUGGACCAAACCCGCAAGCUACUGCUCAUUCUGGAGUCCGAUCCCAAGGUCUACACCCUCCCACUGGUCGGAGUGUAUGGUUGUGUGGAGUCACACACAUCCACAGUCCUCAGGGUACUGACUGAGGAAGGGGCCUUUCUGGUGGUGCUGUACUCCUUAACCCACAGAAAGCCAGAGUUCUACCAGUGCCAGCCAACCGGCGGCAAGAACCCCAAUCUGGACAUGCUGCUGCUUACGAGUACAGAGUCUCUCACGCUCUACAAGCAUGUGGAGGCUAAUGAGAAGAAGCCCUUGUCCUUUGAGCUCCAGGCUGGAGGUGAACCCCAGGACACCCAGCUCUAUAAAGAAGUGAUGUCUCGCACGGCCUCCAGCAGGCGCCUCAGUGGAACGACAAUGGCGGCCACUCCUCAAAACAGGCCAUCAUUUGACCAUGACUCCGGGAUGGAGGAAGAUCUUUCUCCCAGACCAUCCCCAAACCCCCACCCAGCUGGGGAACAGGUGAGACAGAUGCGGCCCACGGUACCAGAGCUGUCUUUGGUGAUGGACGGCAGCUUUGUGGCUCCUGAUGCAACGCCGCCCCACCUCCCUACUCCCACCCUACAGCACAAGGAGAAUGCUGGGUCCCCCAGAACCCAGACAGGGCUCAACGCCCGCGGGCAGAACCGGCGCAGUGCUUCCCCCCCAGUUAACAGAACUGUCACCACAACCAUGUCAAGUAAAGGUCACGAAGGGUCAACUGGAUGUUCACCACCAUCAGCGUUGUCUUCGGUGUCCUCACCACCUAAGACGGGUGGUUUGCCCGGUGGCUCUUUUGAGCCGUUUAGGCAGCAGCACCCUGUGGUACACCUGCAGUCACCCUGCAGUAGAUUCUCUGGCACUACCUCAACUCCUCUUCUGCCACAGUUGUGCACGUUCCCCAGCACCCCCCUGAAGUCUGUCAGUAAGCCUUGUAGCUGCCGCCACCACGACACUGAGUGUUCUCCGUCCUACCAGCCCCAGUCCUGGUCAGAGACACCCCUACCCUCAGGCCUGUUGCAUCAGAUGACGCCUACUAACCCAGUCAAAGCUUCCUAUGCUACAGAAUCGACUCCUCUCAGGAACUGUUGCCGGUCACCACCUCAGCAGACUCCCCCUCAGGGUCCCAUGUAUGGUUCACCUACACAUCUGGGCUGUUUGCAGCAUAGUGCCCACAGUAACAGCCACCAGAGCCAUCCAGUGCCACCUGAGAGCCAGAGCCAGGCUUGCCAGAGCCAGGCUGGCCAGAGCCAGGGUUGCCAGAGCCAGGGUUGCCAGAGCCAGGGUUGCCAGAGCCAGGUUGCCAGCCUGGCUUUUCCUGAUAACGGUCAGGUGAACAUGCUCCCAGUUGAUGCUUAUAGAAUACUUAUGGAUCAGGACCGGCAGCUGAAACUUCUGCAAGCGCAGAUUCAGAAACUUCUGGAAGCUCAAAGCCAGAGAGCAGCCUCUUCUCAGCCAUCUGACGACCCCUCGCACCAGUCAGGAGAGAAGCGUGACAAGCUGGGCGCCACUCAAACACCGACCUCCCCCGACCACAGGAAGAAGAACAGUGUCAGCAUCGCCAUAGGAACAGGGGCUAGUCUGUUCUGUAACAGUACUGAGGACGAGUGGUGGAGGGAUGGCACGCCAGGGACUCUCAGCAGUAGCUCGGACAGCCGUUCCAGACAGUCCAGCCCCGUGGUCAGAAGUGGAACCGACACAAACCGGAUUAAGGACCCCGAGGAAGAGACUAGGGACCACGAUCAGAACCGCAGGACAUCACAACACAUGAGCCCGGGUGCAUCCCAUUCUCCUCAGAGCCUCAUGCUUGGAGACAGUGCCAGCAUGUGUGGCCAGUUCCAGUCUCCUAACACAGAUGAGUCGCGCAGCAAAGGUGUCGCUGCUGAUCAAAGGUUCUUUCAAGAUUUACUGGGUCAAGUAAACAGUCGUCUUCAGGACACCCUGAAAGGAGAGGCAAGCAGUUCCAAAUGUGAAGACAGGACCGCACCCUCCAGACAGACGGCCAGUCCCCUAUCUGCGGUCUCAAGCCAGGCCAGAGAGGCCUCUUCUCCCAGCUCUCUGUCUCCAGCACCUUCUGUGAAGGCCUUGUCUCAAUCCCAGACCUCCCAUCAGGAGGACCAGGUGUACAGUGCAACUGUGAAACAUCUAGAGAAGUUGGGGGUCAAUUUUGCCUCCAAAGACAAAGCCAUGUGCACGAACAUCAGCAGCAGCACUCUAGCAGGGAUCAACCCUGACGCAGUGAUCCCCAGACUGGCCGUGUGUGACCUUGUGGGCGCCAGCAUGUGGACCCCAGGGGGCAGUGCUGACCUGAGCCUGGAGGCGAACUCCAUCGCCCUGAAGUACCUGAGCGACGCCCAGCUCUCUCACCUCUCGCUGAGAAGGGAAGCCAGGCGGACCUCCAAUGCCAAUCAACCUUCUCUGGGUUUCUUGAGUAAGGCCUUAGCUGAGAGGACUGGCCCAGGUCUUAGCAUGCUGUCUCCUACUAAUAUGUCCUUAGCCACACACAAAUACAUGAAGCGCUAUGGGCUGAUCGAGGGGGGUGACGGCGAGGAAGAGGACGAGGAGGACCAACAGGAGCAUCGUGACUCUGUGUUGGGCCGCUCUUCACACAUGGAGGGCUCAGGAUACAGUGACGGUGUCCAGAGAGUCUUGAACAUCACUAAUGCGCCAUCUUACCUGUCACCACCUCACAACUCCCCCCACCUCGAGGAGAAUCAAGGACGGAUUUUAAGAGACGUCCACCCCGCUGUGCAGGUGCUUCUGCACAGUCGUGAGCACACUCGGAAGCCCCCCUCUGCUCUGGAGAACCAGCCUCAUCUGGGCUCAAUGGACACGCAGGGUUCUGUCGGGAAUUUCCUCGACCUUAGCAGAUUGAGGCAGCUCCCCAAACUAUUUUAA